GGCAGGCUGCGGGCCCGCAGUGGCGCGGUGUCCGGGCUGCGCGACUGGCCGCGCCGCGGGGCCAUGGCCGCCUCUCUGGGCCCUCCUGGCCUGAGUGGCGCCGGAGCAGUGCCCGGCCCCGGCCCCGGCCCCGGCCCGGCCAGCUUCGCCUUGGAUUCGGGGCUGGAGAUCAAAACUCGCUCGGUGGAGCAGACGCUGCUCCCGCUGGUUUCCCAGAUCACCACACUUAUUAACCACAAAGAUAAUACCAAAAAGUCUGAUAAAACUCUGCAAGCAAUCCAGCGUGUAGGACAAGCUGUUAACUUGGCAGUUGGAAGGUUUGUUAAAGUGGGUGAAGCCAUCGCCAAUGAAAACCGAGAUUUGAAAGAGGAAAUAAAUAUUGCCUGUAUUGAAGCUAAACGAGCAGGAGAAACAAUUGCAGCACUUACAGAUAUCAGUGCCCAGAAUCACCCAGAAAACGAUGGUCAAAUCACCAUUUUUACAGAUAAAACAGGAGUUAUAAAAGCUGCCAGAUUACUUCUUUCUUCAGUGACUAAAGUACUGUUGUUAGCUGACCGAGUAGUCAUUAAGCAGAUAAUAACAUCGAGAAAUAAGGUUCUUGCAACUAUGGAAAAACUAGAGAAAGUGAAUAGUUUUCAAGAGUUUGUUCAAAUAUUCAGUCAAUUUGGAAAUGAAAUGGUGGAGUUUGCACACCUAACUGGAGAUAGACAAAAUGAUCUGAAAGAUGAAAAGAAAAAGGCGAAAAUGGCAGCUGCUAGGGCUGUUCUGGAAAAAUGUACAAUGAUGCUUCUCACGGCUUCAAAGACAUGUCUCAGGCACCCCAACUGCGAGUCGGCCCAUAAAAACAAAGAAGAAGUAUUUGAUCGCAUGAAAGUAGCAUUGAACAAGGUCAUUGAAAUUGUAACUGACUGCAAGCCAAAUGGAGAGACAGAUGCUUCAUCUAUCAGUAUUUUUACUGGAAUUAAAGAAUUUAAGAGGAAUAUGGACAUUCUCCCGGAGAAUCUAUACUUCCAGUCAAAAGAAAAUCUCUCGGCAGCAUUGGAUGCUAUCUUGGAGCAUACAGAGGAUUUCACUGACUCGGCUUACACCAGCCACGAGCACAGAGAACGUAUCUUAGAACUGUCAUCUCAGGCGAGAACAGCACUGCAGCAGUUAAUCUCUGUCUGGAUGCAAGCUCAAAGCAAGAAAACAAAAAGCCUGGAUGAAGAACUGGAGCUUACUAUACUGAAGAUUAAUCAGAGCCUCAAUGAACUGAGGAAAGAACUUCAUAAUACAGCAACUCAGCUGGCAACAGAUCUCUUAAAAUACCAGGCGGACCAUGUGGUUCUGAAAGCAUUAAAACUUACUGGAGUAGAAGGAAAUUUGGAUGGUUUGGCCGAGUAUGCCUGCAAGCUCUCUGAACAGAAAGAGCAUCUUGUUGAGGCCUGUCGAUUGCUGUGGCAUGUGUCUGGAACAGAGCCUCUUGAAAUCACCUCAUUACACGCACUGGAGACUUUUCAGGUGACUGGCCAGCAGAUAAUUUCUGCUGCUGAAACACUGACAUUGCAUCCAUCUAGCAAAAUUGCUAAAGAAAACUUAGAUGUAUUUUGUGAAGCUUGGGAAUCCCAAAUCAGUGAUAUGUCAACCCUUCUUAGAGAAAUCAAUGACGUGUUUGAAGGAAGACGAGGAGAGAAGUAUGGAUACCUUUCACUUCCAAAGACAUUGAAGAAUAAUGCAAACCUGAAAUCAUUAAAGCCAGACAAGCCUGACUCUGAGGAGCAAGCCAGGAUCGCAAAACUUGGUCUUAAGCUGGGCUUGCUUACCUCCGAUGCCAACUGUGAAAUUGAGAAGUGGCAGGAUCAGGAGAAUGAGAUCGUUCGAUAUGGACGGAGCAUGUCUAGCAUGGCCUAUUCACUCUAUUUAUUUACGAGGGGAGAGGGGCCACUGAAAACUUCCCAGGAUUUAAUUCAUCAGUUAGAGGUUUUUGCUGAUGAGGGCUUAAAGCUUGCUUUAAGCGUACAAGCUUUCUCCAAACAGCUAAGAGAUGACGACAAACUUAUGCUUCUCUUGGAAAUAAAUAAGCUAACUCCUCUAUGCCAACAACUCCAGACAAUAACCAGGACAUCUUUUCAGAAUCCAGUAUUUCUAAAGGUUGAUAAGUGUAUUACAAAGACAAGAUCCACGAUGGCUAUCUUGGUGCAGCUUCUUUCACUAUGCUAUAAAUUAAUGAAGAAGUUUCAGAUGGAAAACAACAGAUGGGGCUCAGUCACAAAUAAAGACACUGUGGAUAGCAAAGCCUGAGAAGCUUUUGGGGCCAGAUCUCCAAGACAUUGUGUGGCAAGGCUGAUGUUUUUCUAAAAAAAAUGAUUAU